AUGUGGUUCCUCCGCGCCGCCCGGCCGCUGGAGGACUAUGCGCUAGGCCUCUGGCCGUCUUCAGUUGAAAGGGAGCCCGCCGCGGACGAGGACACUGUCCGCCGUGUUCAAGCCGAUUUGCUUGGUCUUCAACGAGGCCUGCGGACCUUUGCUGCCGCUAUUCCCCUUGGCACCCCCUUCUGCAUUCACAAUCCCUUCACCGCCCGACAGCAAUGCGAGCUUGUUGAGUAUUCUGCUGGCCCUGAGAUCAAUCCCUUUGUUUUAUUCAGGGGACACGCCCGCAGCCGGGGUUGGGCCGAUAUUGUGCUCCUGCAACCGCAGCCUGAUGCUACUGCUGUACACCUUAUCGGGUGUCCGCAAGCACCUGGGAACGCAGCUGUCGGUAUUGUGCUGGAAGGCCGCCUUGUGCCCUGCUGUCUCCCGGUCUGUGUUGGGACCGCGGCAUUACGUGCUCUGCAGCUUGACGGGAGUGAGUACGAUCUUCGCCCCCCUGAGGUUCAGGAAGGGUCCUCGGUCGUCCAGUUUCGUAAUGGCGACUGUCUGGCUGUGCGACCCCGUUCUCAGUCACGGUCUCCUCCUCCGCCGGAACAAGUCGCCGCCUUUGCUGCCCCGACCAGCGAAGCUGAACUUACUGCCGGCAGCCCCGACAUCCCCUUCUCCUCACAAGGUCGCCCCGUUUUGUCUUGGGGCUGUUUCUCACUGAUCUUCUGCCGGGCUACCCCAUCAAUGUGCCUCUCUCUUGGACUCCUUGCUGGCGCUGCUCUAGCACAAGGCAUGCAUAGACCAGGCGGCUUUCCUUGGGGUACCGAUCCAAUCAACCGUGACUUUUCCGCCAUUACGGCAGAGGACCCGGUCUAUGUUGUCCUGCAUAGUCCCUUCUUGGGGGUGUUUCCCCCAUACACAGCCUCCCAUGACACUCGCCACGGUCAAGUCUGGGCCCAGUUCCUCAACGACGCCCCGGGAUGGGCAUCUGAUUUCUUUCCUGUGUGGCCGGGCCCCGCCUUCAACGAGUUGUCCAUGGUCCCGGUGGGACAAGAUGCGGCCCUUGUGACCAUUAUGCUGAUGUGGCGGGGCCACCAUAGGGCCACGCUUACUCCGCGGACCAUGACAGUGGCGUGGUUGACAGCCUUUAUCUCGCGUCACAUCAACAGCCCCGUUGAUGGCAUUUCCCUGCCGCACGGGCUCGCGAUCUGCGAGCUCUUUGAUGUUCCGCCCGCGGCUUUCCGUUUUCGCAACGGCGAUGUCGUGUACAUCCAUGACCCUCCGGAGGACCCUUCUGAGCCGCUCGAGUUUGUCGAUCCUUGGCACCUGCAGGAUGGCCUUGCAGCUCACCACGCUCCCUGGGCUACGGGCUUUCAACUUAUGUUCGGCAUUUCUGUGCACCUGCUUCGCCCUAAUCGCCCACCCCUGUUGGCCUCUGUUUCAGCUGGAGAAGCCUGGUGCCCAGAAUCCUUUACGUUCACCGGCACUUUCCGUAACCACUUUCCGGGCAUGUGGACACCCGUCCAGUGGUCCAGUGCCCGGGCAUUACAAUUGAUCGAGGUCCACGGUGUUGCGGCUCAGGUUAACGUGGUUGCUGCCUCUCCUGAAGGCCGCCUCUGCCGUACCGUUGAUCGGAUCGCCUCGCGCGAUAGCCUUGCCGAUCAACUGCACUUCCUCCCUGGAUCCCUGCAAGUGGGGGGAGUUCCCUCCUACGCUCUCAAUCAGGCCUGUGAGCUUCGGAAUGGGGAUGUCGUGUUCGGCGACUUUGCCCGAGGGGCCUGCAGCGGCCGUCCACUCCCGUGGGGUUUGGCCCUGGGCCUCGUCCCAGCUCUCUCCUCCUGUCGUACGGGCACACCUUUCUUUCGCUUCUGCUGGGUUCCCUUGGGGCCCAUUCCGGCCGACCCACGUCACCUCUUCGAUGAUGUUAUGGCAGACGCCCACCGCACUUUGACAUCAUGGUUGCUCAGACCAGGGACGGAGACUGGUGGGUUCUUUCUGCUGCAUUCGGUCUCCUGGGGAGGCGCCCUCUCCUCCCUGCCCAACUCGCUCUUGUCUUCUUCGGGCUUCUUGAACCUGUGUGGGGAGCGUCCUCCAGUGCCUCUGGCCGCUGCCCCAGCGCGGUUCUUUCCCCCUGCCAUCGAUUUCAAUGAUGGGGAGCCCUAUGUUCCGCUAGGUGGUUGGCAGCCCGAUAACCCCGAUGGACCACUCGCACGUUACUUCCCUGGUCCCCGACCACUCACGGCUCGUGUUUUGUGCCCCCUGAGGGGAUGGAGCGAGACCAGCUUCCUUGACACGACCAGAUCAUGGCGGUCUAUCGAGCAGGAAGGUACGCGCCACUGCGGGCUUUGGGCCCAUCGCUUCUUCCCUGUCCGGGCGGUGCUCCCAAUUUCCCAGAUCACAGUCGCUCCGGUUGCCCCAUACGGUCUUGCUACUGUGGCCCUGCACAUUGAGGGUUGUUCGGCCGUUGCUUUUGCCUCGGUGGACUCGUCUCUUGAUGACAUUCACCGGCUUGCUGUUCGCGUCUUUCCUCACACCCGGUUUUGGCGCGUCAUAGCACCACCUGUGCUGCGCACUACCAUCCCGAAUGUGCAUAUCCGGCUCCGCAACGGCGAUGCUUUUAGCCUCCUUCCUGAGCCUUCCGAUCCGGGUGCUACCCGUUAUCCCUUGCUGCAGUAUGCCUCGCUGGACCGGGCACGGCAAGUUGCCAGCUGGUCGCUCCCUUUUCGCUUUGACUCGGGCGGAUACGUCUGCCUGUGGUAUACGGGUCGUCGAUCUGGCCACAGCAUUCGGAUCAGGGAUACCGGCUAUUGGGAUCCCGAGGGCCCCACCUUCUGGAGUCUUAAUGGCAGAGCGCUGUCAGGGUCGUGGGUCCCUGUCCUCUCUGGGGAUCUCUCCAGUCUGCACCUGGUACACAGCACCUCCACUGGUGAGGCCCAUGUCCUUCUCUUACUGCCCCCCGAUCUUGAGCCUCAGGGGUUGUUGCUCGCUGGUUGCAAUGCCUACCGUGCACCGCCUGGGUGGCGCCUUCUACCUGCUCUGCAGUAUGUUCGGGCAGACAGUCCUCUCCGAGAUGGAGAUGUUCUUGUGCUGGACCCGACUGCUGAUACGGUUUGGGACCCUACCGGACCGCCCCCGCAAAGCCUUGCGGGUCCGGCCCCGGGCCCAGUUGCGCGCCCACGCUGGGGGCCCUCGUCUUCUGCUGCCGCCGCCAUCUCUGGGUAUGGCUCCCGCACUGGAUUUGCCGGAACAGCUGUGGGUUUCUUCCCGUGGCGGGCCCCAGCCGCUGCGGCUGAUCUGGUUGAUCUCACCAACCGCACAGAGAUUGACAUUGUCCUCCUUAGUCCCUUCACAGGUCCCCAGGAGGCUGGGCGACUGCCCACUGCCUCGACUACCGGAGAGCUCAAUGCUCUCACACGCUCCUGCGACCCAGCUUGGGGUGCUGAAGUUGCACCUGUGUGGCCGACAGCUGCCAUACCGGCCCUACUGGUUGUUCCCCGUCCCCUGACGCCAGACCUUGUCUGUUUAGCGGUCUCCUCCUUGGAUCGGCACUUCUCUAUCCUUGUGCCCUGCACUACCUCUGUGUCCUGGCUGGGCGCGGCUCUUCGCUUCCUACAGCCGAUGCAAACUCUCUCUGUUCGUGCUCCCAGUGCUCUCACAGCCGAUGCCACAUCUGACCAAGGCGUGCGCUGGCGAUCUGGAGACCUGGUUGUUGCAUUGCCUCCUGCAGCUUUUGCGCCCGAAUACCAGCCCCCGUGCUUUCACUCCGACGCUCAAGUGCGGCAUUGCGCCAUUUGGGCUGUUGAUUUCUCGGUCUCCACCCGUGUCAGCUUCAUACUCUGGAGGCCCGCUGUUCGAGCCAUCCGGGGACACGCACCGGCAGGCAGCCGCUGGCGUGCUCUUGAUUAUACUUUUGAUGGUGACUUUAGCCUCCACUACCCUGGGCGUUGGGUUCCGGUUCCCUGGAUCGCCCAGGAUCACGCCCACUUGGUUUUGCUGCCGGAGGACCCUUCGCGGGUCAAUGUCAUUGUGGAAGCAGACGGCCAUUGCUGGUGUGCCCUUGUCACAGCCGUUACCGAUGCCUGGCAACUCUGGACUGAGCUCCCAUCUAUCUCCUCUCAGCCUUGCGUCCUUGGUGUCCCACACCAGGAACUGCGCCAAGGGACGACCCUUCGCAGCGGCGAUGUUGUUUCCGGCUGUCCAGGACUCUCCCCCUCCUGUUGGCUCCCCUGCUCUCUGGGGCUUGCAGCUUGGUGGGCACUCGGCUCUGCCUCCUCGGCCCCUGGCUAUCUUCUCAUGUUUGCUGGGCUGCUCGCUCUCCCCCCGGUGUCGGGGGCACGUCUUCCCCACGAGAGCGGCGGUCGACAAUGGUCUUUGGCAACGUCAAACUGUGACAGGUCAGCUGCCGAACCGCCCGGCUUUCGCCACCGCCUCUGGGACCCCGCUAGGGGCCUCCUUGGACCUUUUCCGGGGCCAUCUCUGUUUGUCCCACCUGCUCUCCAGGAGGCCGCACCCGCUUGGUCCGAUUUCACCAGGGUUCGACCACCUCAGGACCACCGGUUCAUUGAUUGGGUCCCGGUACCUUCGGCUCCGCUGUUUGCCACUGUGCUGCUCCAGUGCCCGCCUGCCACUAGAGCUGCACUUCUUCCCGCUACCUGUGCUGUGGCUGAUCUUGCACGAGCCAGCAGCCACUUUAUUCCUGACUUGUCAUACGUCUUGGCUCCCCCGGAGGCUUGGCGCGGUACUGCUACGACCUGUACCCCCACCUUAUUCCUCCGGUCUGGUGACGUCUUGACUCUGGCCAGCGCCACGUGGGCCCCGCGCCUCCGCUCACCCGUCGGGCGGUUUUGGGAAACCCUACUCCAGGCUCGUCAGCUAGCCUUCUGGGGCAGCCCCUUUCGCAUCAGGCAGCCUGGACUCCUCUUUGCUUGGUCCCCGGGAGAUCCGGUCCCGCUUACUGUCCCCACUACCAGUGAUGAACAGUGGGAUCCUGAACAUUGCACCUUCCGCCCUUCUCUGGUCCGGUUCAGUGUCGGCCGCUGGAUUCCAGCAGCCCGGGUUGACGACCUUGGGCUCCAUCUUGUCCCUGAAAGCCCUAAUCUUCAUUGGGCCCAUGUCUUGUCUGCCCGACCCCCCCUAAGCGUUCGAGUGGUGCCUCGCCAUGGCGCAGAUGGACUCCUGCGGGAUGGUGACAGCGGCUCCCCCCUGGGCAGCGCUCCCUCCCGCACCUUGCUUCCGUUGCUUGCCAGUCUGGCCGUUCGCGGGCGUCUGGGUCGGCACUGGUUUUCUCUUCUCAGUGCUUGGGUUCUUCUGGCUGGGCUGCCCGAGUUGCUUCCGGGUACGGCGGCCCUUGGAUUCCCGCCGGUCCCCACUCAUGCCCUUGCGCGGACCCCAGGUCCUUCGCCCAUUGGAGUGGAUUUCGGGUUGCUCUCCCGCACCAGCUGCUAUCUUCGUGCAUGGGGGGCGCCAGAUUGGCACAGCCCGGAUGGACUCUCCUGGGCGGCAGAUAUUCACCAUGAGUGUGCCGCUCAGGCUUCCUUGCACCAGUUGUGGUGGACGCACGACCUCUUCCAGAAUCUCCCGGCAUCCGCUCCAGCGCCUUAUCGCCAGGCCUUCUCUAGUUUCCCAGUAUGGUCUGGCGGUGUACCCGAUCAGGUUCUCAUCGCCACUGAUGGGAGUGGCGAGCGGGGAGGAGCAUGGGCCUUCUGCGUAUGGGUUUGGUGGCGUCACAAGUGGCACCGGGUCGGGUGGUUCGGCGCCGCGGGGGCCGAUACCCCUUGGUUCUCUGGAACUGCGGCCCCCGGGAGUGGUGUCUCCUUUCACGCUGAGCUUUGGGCCCUACAGGCCGCGGGCCUCUGGCUCCUCGCUUGGGUCGACCGCCUCUCCCUUCUGACGUCAGCAGCGCCUGCCAAGGUCACCAUUGCGGUUGACAAUGCCUCUGCGCUCCAGAUCGCAGCUGGGCAAGCGCAGGCCAGUGAGCCAGUCACCACCCUUACUCGUUAUAUCUGGCAAGCUGUCCAGUCCCGUAUGUCCACUCGCUUUCAGCACGUGCACAGCCAUGUUGGCAUUCUCCCUAAUACGAUCGCCGACUUUCUCGCUGGCUGGGCUGGCCGGACCUCGUGGCAUCCCUGGAAACAUGUCGAUGCUGCCCUCCCCGCUCUGCUGCAGGAAGCGGUGCCCUGCGCGGCUCCGUCGCUAGAGCCCCAGCGACCGUUGCCGCUAGCACCCUCGCUAUCCCUCCGCAUUGUUACGGCUAAUGUUCAAACCAUGCGGGACUCUUGUGCCUCCUUCUUCAAUCCGUCGGGUCAUGGCCAGCGGCGUCAAUACUUGUACUCUCAAGUCGCCCAGUUGGGCCUCGAUGUGGUCUGCCUUCAGGAGACGCGCAGCAAAGGAGGCCGAUGGGAUACAGCCGGCCUUCUCACCUGGCGCUCCGGUGCCCAAAAAGGUAGCUACGGUUGCGAAAUUUGGGUUAGGCCCCAGAUAGUUAACCCCCCCCUCCGCCUGGAUGACUGGCGGAUUGCCUGUGCUGACCCAAGACUUUUAGUCAUAGUCUGUAAACGGGCGGACCUCCCUUUGGCCGUUGUAGCGGCGCAUGCUCCACACGCCGACAGACCAGUGCCCGAAAUCCACCACUUUUGGUCCUCACUGCAAUCUCAGCUGUGCCAGCUCCCACGGGCCCUCACCUUAGUCCUGGGCCUCGAUGCUAACGCUGAUCUCCUUUGGGCCGAUGACGACCAUGCCUAUAUCGGUAAUGGCGAAGAAGGCGCGGGCGAGCAAGGCCUCUUUGAUACCAUCCAGCGUUUUGGCCUCCUCGCCCCCGCCUCCUUCUCGGACCUUCAGGACGGCCCGGGCUGGUCCUGGGAGCAUACUGGCGGCACCCGCAAGCGUCUAGACCAUAUCUUGCUCCAGGCUGGCCCCUGGUCCUGCCGUCGCACCCGACAGCUUCCUGAGCUGGACAUUCUCAAUGGUCGUCGGGAUCAUAUGCCGCUUCUGGUCGAGUGCGACCUCCGGGGCCAGGCCACCCGGCCCAAAGCGCCGGCCCCACCCCGCGCCACUGUGCACCAGGCACGAGCCAUUGCUGCCGAUCUUUGGGGAGCUCUGCCGUCCACCUUCCGGCACAUUGACAGCGUGGGAGCUGAAGUGCAGGCUCUUAAGACCAAGCACUCCUGCUUGCUCCGGGCCCUUCCUCGCCCUCCACGCCGCCCCAUCCGACAGCCCUACAUCACAGCGGCCUCUGUUGCCGCACUCGAUCGAGUUCGGCAGGCGCGAGAACAGCUCCCCCGGCUGCGGACCAAUCUGGAGUGGCAGCAGCGUCGCUUUCUCUUGCAAGUUUGGCGUCUGGGUUGCACACACCGGCACCCCGAUGCUGCACCCCUGCGCCCUGAUCCGACGGGCCUGCAGCAUGCCCGCCUCCUUCUCCAGGCUUGUAAUCUUCAUGUUCGGGGGCUUCAGCAGAAGGCCCACUAUCUUGCUAGGUCCGACAAGCUGGCUCAUUUCCGCGCACUUACUCUGGAGGCGACCAAACACUGGGAAGCCACUGGAGUCCCUUUGGAAUCCAUCCGGCAUCUGCGUUGGGCCUCCCGCAAGGCACACGAGCGCCGGUCUGUCCACGCAGCCGGUGGUUUCGACAUUGAUAGUGAGUUGGAGGCCCAGUUCCGUGAUCAGGAGGGGGCCAGUCUGGUCAGCCCAGUGCAGCUCUCCAGCGCCGCUGAGCGAUGGAUGAAUGAACCGCGCCUCCCGUGCGCCGAGGCGGUUCCCACCCUCUUGCAGAUGGAACAAAUGUGUGUCCGACAGGCGGCCGCCAAGGCCCCAGGACCAGACGGACUGCGGAACGAGCUCUGGCGCGCGCAGGGAGCCUCAGCAGGGCAGUGGCUCUGGCCCCUGUGCGUGCGCAUCGCUCUCCAAGGAAGGGAGCCUUUUGCCUUUAAGGCUGCCAUUGUAUGCGCCCUUUACAAGAAGGGCCCUGCCUCUCUUCCUGCCAAUUACCGCUCUAUCGCGCUACUGAACGGCAUCGCGAAGCUCUGGCAUUCGCACCUGCGCUCCACUGUGGGUGGCCACGUCUUGUCGCGAUACGAGCCUAUGCAGCUUGGGGGCCGCAAAGGUGUCCACACAGGAUUUGCGUUGGCCGCCUUCCGUUGUGCCUGGGACCUUUCCAUCUCUGCCGGCCGAUGUGUCGCCGUGGUCUUCGUCGAUAUCCAGGCCGCGUACUAUGAGGCCAGCCGGGAUCUCCUCUUUGAAGGCUUUCCUGAUGACGUUGCCCUGCCAGAGCAUCACCACCUUGCUGGGCUGGUUCUCAGUCUUCAACAACAAGGGGCCCUAGCUGCCUUGGGUGUUGCUGAGGACGUUGUUGCGCUCCUCCGUGACUGCGUCGCCCUCUCCCACUGGUCACUCUCUGGCUCUUCCAACAUUUUUCUUGCGUCACGGGGGUCUCGUCCAGGUGACGGCCUAGCUGAUAUCCUUUUUGGGGCCCUCUUCGCUGUCGGUCUUCAGCAUAUCCAGCGCGUUGCCACCCGCCAGGGCAUUGUUCACACCAGCGCCGGCGCUGAAGUCGGCCUCUCCCCAGGGGUCAAGCCCAUCGGCUGGGCUGACGACCUUGCGGUUAUGGCCGAUUUUGACCGACCAGCUGAUCUUCUUGUUCAACUGCCCGUGCUGGUCGGCAUUAUCCUUGACACUCUCCGACUCCUCCGAUUUCGUGUUAAUUUGGGUGCGGGUAAAACUGAGGCCCUUGUUGACAUCCGGGGGGAGGGCGCUCGGGCGGCCCGCGGAGCUCUCCUCACUGGUGAUGCCAUGUUGAAGAUCUCUGAUUCUGACAGCAUCAGGUUGUGUCCCGAGUAUAAGUAUCUGGGUGUGGCUCAGCUGCCUCGGGAUACGGGCCGCCGCGACUGUGAGCUUGCCGCCCAACGAGGCGCCGCUGCGGCCUCCCUUGCCCGCACCCUCCUCUGCAGCAAUUGCUUGCCCUGGGAACUUAAACGGGCUUGGGUCGCGGGACGAGUCCUGCCCUCCGCGUAUUCCUCCCUUGCUAUGUCUCUGGCCGACUCCGGCCGUGCCACGGCCCCUCUCGCUGGCCUCUUCGAUCGCACGGCCAGGAUCCUGUUGUCCUCAUGGCAGGUCGGGCACAAGCUCACCACCCCACUGCUUCGGCUCCUCGCUGACAUUACUCCUCCUGACCUGGCUACUACCAUCAGUCAGUGUCGCCUUUGCGUCCAGCUCUUCUGCAAAGCACCCACGGCGGUACGUGAAAUCGUCGACGCGGCGUGGAACAGGGCCCUCCCUUGGUGCCAGGCCCUCGUUGCAGCAUGUAUGAGGGUUGGCGUUGCGCUUGAAGUUUGGGACCCUAACUCCCCCCCCGCCGUCACGGCUCUGUUUGUUCUUCAUACCCACAGCCGUGCCCUCCUUCGCGCCUGCAAGGCACUCAGCAAGUUUGGACAUAGGUACAUUGCCUGUGCUCAGCUGUGGGAUGACCUCUCUACCCGUAAGGCCACCCAAAUUCUAGGACCCCCCCAGGCCCAUCGAUGCCCUGUGUGCAGCAUCAUCUUCCCGAGCCUGCACGCGGUCAGAGCCCACAUGCAUCGCAAACAUGGCGUGCUGUCCGAUGUGACUGCUUACAUGGCCGGCUCUGUCUGCCUCUGGUGUAUGCACGAUUUCCACUCUUCGGAUCGGCUGAAAUACCAUCUGCAAUCCCACCGGGCCUGCUUGCAUGGACUUCGGGUGACGGUAGGGCCUGUCUACCAAUAUGGGUCGGGCACCAAACGCAAGGGUAGAACGGCCCACAGGGGUGUUCCCCCACAACGCCUAUGCGGGCCCUGCAAUGCCACCCCAGCACAGCGUCGGGCCGCGGAUCUGGGUCUGCCUGCUGAUGAGGAGGAGCUGCAACAGGAGUGGGAUGCAGUGCAGCGCUCACCGGCCCUCUCCGACCUCGUCCCCGGCAACCUGCAACGGGCCGUCACAGGGUCCUCCAUCGCUGCUCCAACCCCUGCCGGACUUGGAUUUCCCCAAGCUACGGCUCCAGUCUCGGAACCCUCCCUGUCCCGCCUCGCCUCAUCUUUGUCAUUUGUGGGUUCCUUGCCCUCUUGGUUCUCCUUUGUCGAUGGGGCUGCCUCAGGCAAGGAUUGGGCUCUGCCUACACCCUGGUGGCCCGGGCUUCUUGCCAUGGGUGGGGUCUUUCGGCUUCCCCCAUCGUGGCAUUGCUUCUGGCCCCUGUGGUCAGCCUUGGAGCUCCUUGCCCCUUGGGAGUUCCGGGCCUUCCGGUCGCUUGGCGUCCUCCGUCGCGCCUCGUCUUCCGGGCUUGGUGCUCCUGUGUCUCUUGGCGAUGCGACCUCUGGCAGAUGGUCUCUGUUGGGGAUUGCUGCAGCCUUGAUCUCCUUCCGUAUGUCCUGUAAGGUUGUUCUGCGGUUUGGCGCCCUCUGGAUUCCCGGGCGCCCCAGUCAACAGGGCCUUGUCCUCUUGCGGCGGCUGCUUCCUUCUGCCGUCUUCUUGGACUUCUGGUCCCCUGCUGGUCCUGUUUUCCUGGCUGCGAGCUCUGCUUCCUUGGCCUCGUCUGCUCGCGCCAUCAUUGCCGGCUCUGCUCCUGCGGCCCCGCCCCCGCUUUCCUUGCGGGCUUUCUGGGCCUAUCCGGCUGCUUGA